CAAAUCGAUCAAAUUCAAUUUUUUUGAGAAAAUGUACGAAUGUUACCAGCAAGUCCUGUAAAUUAAUGUUAAAUAUAUUAAGCAAAAAGUGUGGUUUCUCUUUAACAACAACAAACACCGCAAUAAAAAACGGGGUGUAAUAUAUAUUUUGAGAAGAGAAUUCGAUUUGUGAAUAGUACUCGUGACGUCGUCGUGAAGUUAUUGAUGUUAUGUGGUGUUCAAGCAGUGUCUAAACUUAACUACUAAAGUUGGCAAUACGCGCAAAAAUAAUCAGCUGCGAUAGCUAGGAAAAGCCGCCAAAAUUGAGCUCCUUAACGCGCCCACUAUUGCGAUAUCGACGCCGUCGCCGCAGCAUCACCAACACCAGCAGCAGCAGCACCAGCAACAGCAGCCGCCAAUUUAUCAGCAACAUCAGAUCCAACAGCAGCCCCAACAUUACGGUCCUCCACCGCCCUACUUCCAGCAACUUCAUCAGCAACACCAACAACAGCAACAACAACAGCAGCAGCAGCAACAACAACACAUGAAGUUUUUGGGUGGAAACGAUGAUCGGAAUGGACGCGGUGGCGUCGGCGUUGGCGUGGGUUCGGAUGGCAUUGUGGUAGGAUCUCGAGGUGGCGUAUCGCAGGAUGCCGCCGAUGCAGCAGGUGCCGCUGCUGCCGCCGCCGUAGGCUAUGUCUUCCAGCAGCGUCCCUCCCCCGGGGGAGUGGGUGUGGGCGUUGGCGGUGGUGGUCCAGGUGUGGGUGCCGUCGGAUCCAACUUGCAUGAUGCAGCUGCCGCCGAAUUUGCGGCCCACUUCGCUCAGAAGCAACAGCAAACGCGUUGGGCCUGCGGCGACGAUGGCCAUGGCAUUGAUAACCCCGACAAAUGGAAGUAUAAUCCGCCUAUGAACCCCGUCAACGCAGCUCCUGGUGGCCCGCCUGGUAAUGGCAGUAAUGGUGGACCCGGAGCCAUUGGAACCAUCGGAAUGGGCAGUGGAUUAGGCAGCAUGGGCGGCAAUGGCGGAGGAGCUGGUGGUGGGGGAGGAAAUAACGGUGGAUCUGGCACGAAUGGAGGUCUACACCAUCCCUCGAUGGCGGCAGCAGCCGCUAAUAUGGCAGCCAUGCAGCAGGCAGCGGCGGUGGCCAAGCACAACCAUAUGAUGUCACAGGCAGCAGCUGCAGUUGCCGCUCAACAACAGCAGCAACAUCAACAGCACCAGCAACAGCCGCCUCACCCACAACAGCAGCAGCAACAGGCCCAGAAUCAGGGGCAUCCCCAUCACAUGAUGGGCGGAGGCAAUGGCCUGGGAAACGGCAACGGUCUGGGCAUCCAACACCAACAGCAACAGCAGCAGCAACAACAACAUCCCGGACAGUACAACUCGAACUUGCUCAGCCACGCAGCUGCCCUGGGCCACAUGUCGUCCUACACCCAAUCGGGGGGCGGCAGCAUGUACGAUCAUCAUGGUGGAGGCAUGCAUCCGGGCAUGAAUGGCGGAAUGCCGAAGCCGCCGCCGCUGGGACCGCCGGGCGCCGGUGGACCGCAGGACUUUGUCUACAUGGGCGGCCAAACGACGGUGCCCAUGGGAGCGGCAAUGAUGCCGCCCCAAAAUCAAUAUAUGAACAACUCGGUGGUGGCGGCUGCCAACAGGAAUGCAGCGAUCACAACAUCCACCGCUAAGAAGCUAUGGGAGAAAUCCGACGGCAAGGGCGUGACCUCGAGCACUCCUGGUGGACCCUUGAAUCCCCUACAGAUACCAGGCAUCGGCGAUCCCUCAUCGGUGUGGAAGGAUCAUACAUGGUCCACCCAGGGCGAGAACAUCCUGGCACCGCCACCAUCGCGGGUAUACGCCGCCCAUGGAGGUGCCUCCGAUACAUCAAACAGCGGCAAUACGGGCAUUCUUAGUCCCCGGGAUUCAACUUGUGCUAAAAUGGUGGAAUAUGUUCUGAGUGGAUCGCCGACCAACAAGGAGAGCCCUCUUUCCGGUUUAGAGCCGCGUUUGCGAAAUCUCAAGUUUGAUGACAACGAUAAGUCACACGAUGAUAAGGAAAAGGCCAACUCUCCUUUUGACACAAACGGCUUGAAGAAGGACGAUCAGGUCUCAAAUACAAAUGGUGUUGUCAAUGGCAUUGACGAUGACAAGGGUUUCAAUCGUACACCCGGUUCUCGUCAGCCGUCACCUGCCGAGGAAACUCUGCCACGCCCCCCAAACCUACUGUUCCCCGCUCUGCCGCCCUUCAACCACAUGCUCAUGGACCACGGCCAGGGCAUGGGCGGUGGCUUGGGCGGUGUCGUCGGUUCCGGCAACGGAGUGGGAGGCGGGGGCGGUGGAGCUGGUGCAGGCAGCGCCUAUGCCGCCCACCAGCAAAUGGCCGCCCAGAUGAGUCAGUUGCAGCCACCGAUGAUGAAUGGCGUUGGCGGCGGAAUGCCGAUGGCAGCUCAGUCACCUAUGAUGAAUCACCAGGCAGCUGGACCCAAUCAUAUGGAAUCUCCCGGAAAUCUUCUACAGCAACAAAAUUUUGAUGUUCAGGUAGGUGACAAUGUAAGAGACGAUGUGCUAUCACUUGCUUUUAAUCAAAACCAACAACUGUUCCGAUCACAGAAUCCGGGCCUUGCAGCAGUCGCCACAAAUGCAGCCGCCGCCGCAGCAGCCGCCGCAGCGGCCACCUCAGCGGCAAGUGCGGCCGCGGCUGUGGGCGCCCCGCCAGUUCCUGGUGCCCCCAACGGCACCCUGCAACAGUCACAGCAACAGCAGCAACAACAACAGAUGCAAAUGGCCGCCGCCUCACAACAGUUUCUGGCCGCCCAACAGGCGCAGCAGAACGCGGCCUAUGCCGCCCAACAGGCCACGCCCUACGUCAUCAAUCCGGGCCAGGAGGCCGCUCCGUAUAUGGGCAUGAUUGCCGCCGCCCAGAUGCCCCAAUACUAUGGCGUCGCCCCAUGGGGCAUGUAUCCGGGAAAUCUGAUUCCGCAGCAGGGCACGCAGCCGCGUCGGCCCCUUACCCCCUCGCAGCAGGGGGCUGAGAAUCAGCCCUACCAGGUCAUCCCGGCCUUCCUCGAUCACACUGGCUCCUUGCUGAUGGGAGGACCUCGCACCGGCACGCCCAUGCGCCUGGUGAGCCCCGCCCCCGUUUUAGUGCCCCCGGGCGCCGCACGCGCCGGUCCCCCGCCACCACAGGCCCCCCAGCUGUACCAGCCGCAGCCCCAGACGGCCCAACAGAAUCUCUACUCGCAACAGAACGGCUCCAGUGUCGGAGGACUGACACUGAACACAAACUCGCUGACUGGCCGCCGCGACUCCUUCGACCGGAGCACCUCGGCCUUCAGUCCCUCCGCCAUGGACUACACCAGCAGCGGAGUGGCAGCAGCAGCCAGUGCCGUGAAUAGCACCGUGGCCCAGGCGGCAGCCGCAGCCGCCGCAGCUGCAGCCGCCGCCGCACGUGGCAAGUGGCCGGGAGCAGCGAGCAGUGCCUACGGAGCACUCGGAGGAGCAGCGGCCAAUACGUCGGCCAGUCCCCUGGGCGCCCCUCUCACUCCCCCGCCAUCGGCACAGUCCUGUCUGCUGGGCAGUCGAGCUCCGGGCGCCGAGUCCCGUCAACGGCAGCAACAGCAACAACAGCAGCAACUCGCUGCCGUAGGAUUGCCGGCCACAGCAGCAGCUGCCCAGGCAGCGGUGGCCGCCGCCGCCAACAACAUGUUCGGCUCGAAUAGUUCACUAUUUUCGAAUCACCUGGCCAUCCCGGGAACAGCAGCAGUGGCUGCGGCAGCGGCAGCAGCAGCCGCCGCGAAUUCACGCCAAGUGGCCGCCACAGCGGCAGCAGCAGCCGCGGUGGCAGCUGCCGGAGGUGUGGGUGGGGCUCCCCCGGCGGGCAGAUCCCGACUCCUCGAGGACUUCCGCAACCAGCGCUACCCGAAUCUCCAGCUGCGCGAUCUCGUCAACCAUAUUGUGGAAUUCUCGCAGGACCAGCACGGUUCGCGGUUCAUCCAACAGAAGCUGGAGCGAGCCACGGCCGCCGAGAAGCAGAUGGUGUUCAGCGAGAUCCUCGGAGCUGCCUACAGUCUGAUGACCGACGUGUUCGGCAACUAUGUAAUCCAGAAGUUCUUCGAAUUCGGAACGCCCGAGCAGAAGAACACCCUGGGCAUGCAGGUCAAGGGCCACGUGCUUCAGCUGGCACUUCAGAUGUACGGUUGCCGGGUGAUCCAGAAGGCGCUGGAGAGCAUCUCGCCGGAACAGCAGCAGGAGAUCGUACACGAGCUGGACGGGCAUGUGCUGAAGUGCGUCAAGGAUCAGAACGGCAACCAUGUUGUGCAGAAGUGCAUUGAGUGCGUGGAUCCGGUGGCUCUGCAGUUCAUCAUCAAUGCUUUCAAGGGUCAGGUGUACUCGCUGAGCACCCACCCGUACGGAUGCCGGGUUAUCCAGCGGAUUCUGGAGCACUGCACCGCAGAGCAGACCACCCCCAUACUAGAUGAGCUGCACGAGCAUACCGAGCAGUUGAUCCAGGACCAAUACGGAAACUAUGUGAUUCAGCAUGUGCUGGAGCACGGCAAGCAGGAGGACAAGUCCAUUCUGAUCAACAGUGUACGCGGCAAGGUCCUGGUGCUGUCCCAGCACAAGUUCGCCUCCAACGUGGUGGAGAAGUGCGUGACCCAUGCCACUCGUGGAGAGCGUACAGGACUCAUCGACGAGGUUUGCACCUUCAACGACAACGCCUUGCACGUGAUGAUGAAGGAUCAGUAUGCCAACUAUGUGGUACAGAAGAUGAUCGACGUCUCUGAGCCAACGCAGCUGAAGAAGCUGAUGACCAAGAUCCGGCCUCACAUGGCCGCCUUGCGCAAGUACACCUACGGCAAGCACAUCAACGCCAAACUGGAGAAGUACUACAUGAAGAUCACCAAUCCCAUUGCGGUGGGCACCGCCACUGGAGCAGGAUCGACCACCGGAGCGGGAGGGGCUGCAGCGGCAGUGCCGGCAUCCUCGUCGGCGGUAGCAGUCAGCAGUGCUGGCCCUCUGGUGGCCUCGACCAGUAUCUCUAGCAGCAACACCAGCAUCAGCUGCACCACCACCAACACCACCACCAGCAGCACCACCAACAGCCUGGGCUCGCCCUCCAUCUGCUCGGUGCAGGAGAACGGAACCGGCAUGCUUGUGGAGCCAUCCUCCCCAUCCGCCUCGGAGUCCUCAUCCUCGGUGGUUUCGGCAGCGGUAAACAGUGGCUUGGGUCCCAUCGGACCGCCCACCACCGCCAAUGGGGUGCUGUAAGAACAUCAACAGAGAAAUUAUUAACUAUAUUUAGCCAUCGGAAAGAAUACUUCUCGAAUCGCAAACUAGUUUUCAGGAGCUGGAAAGCUGAAGCAUAAGCAAAAAAAAAAAUACACGUAAUUGUAAACUAAUUUAUUGAAGAAGCAGCGAUAACCGAAGCUGCUUGAAAACGCUGCCAAGCUGAAGAAACAAAAUAAUACUUGAGAGAAUCACACACUCACCCAUGAUUGGAGAUUUUAAGAAAUUUGUACAAUGCGCUCGCAUGAUUAAUUUCUAAAAACAAAAUCAGAAAGAUUAAAAAGAAACAGAGCGCACCGAGCGCUGUCGCAAAUGCAAGCAUGAUUGUAAAUUAAAAUGUCGAAAACACACACUAUUUGGUCUGCGUACAUUUUCGUUGUAAUUUGUAUAAAUUAUUAAUUUUUUUUAGCAUGCCUAUCUGUAAAUGAAUAAUGUUUGGACUGUAAAAUAAGAGGACAACUGAAGAGCCACGGGGCUGAGAAGAAAAGGAAGAAAAGCUAAGAAUGUAAGGCAGCAUGAAAAUGCAUAAAAUUUAUAAGUGCAGACAGAGGAACCAUUUCAAAAACAAAAAGGAAAUAUACUUAUAUACGAGGGAUAGUAGCAGCAGCAGAAAUCACACCUAGUGUAGAAUGUAGAGUAAACAAUUUAUGGAGCCAGCAGCUACCAAAACAGAAAAAGAGGAAAUUAAAUACAAAUUUACACACUAUCUCCUUCAAAAACACACACAUAAGUACACACACUUGAAUGCAUUCAACACCUACACAAUGAACGACUCUUCAGCCCAUUCACAAUGCUUUCGCACUAUGUAAAAUUUUGUAAAAUAAAAAACCAAACUCAAACCAUGUAAACCAUGUAAUUUUAAAAUUGUUCACUUGUAAAAUUUAUAACAUAUUUAUACAUUUGUAAAUUGUUUGUUUUAAGUCGCCAAGUAACUCAUAUAUAUUCUAUUCUAACUGCACUCAUGUAUUUAUAAUUUUAUAAACCGAAAAUGACGGCCUGCUCAUUAACGAUCUAUUGAGAAUUAUCGAGAAUGCCUCGGACGCCAGUCAAUGAACUUUUGUUAGAAACGUAAGCCUGAAUCAGUUUAGAGGGCAGUUCUUUUCCCUAUUCUAUUUUUUUGUCAACUCCAACAUUUGUACAAAUAUAGUCUCGGAAAAUGAUUGUAAUUAAAAGCUUGAACAAGCAUCAUUUUUUUGAAAUAUCACGCAAUUAUAAUUCAUGCGCCAAAGAAAUAGUAAUUUUUUGUCAAAAAUACUUCGUUUUCGAAAAGUGACUGCCCCCAUAUGUAAAACAACUUCGAUUUCAUUUUUUUAUGCAUGAUGAUUUUUCAAUAUUUUUUUUAUAGCAUCAAGUAAAAUGAAUAAACCACGUACAUAAAUACCCAA